AUCCAUACCUUCAAUUCAUCUGCUCAAUUUCCAUCUUCAUUUCAAACUCUACAUCUUGACGAUGAUGUUUCCUUUACUCAUCAUCUUCAUUCUAUUCCCAAUUCUUUCUCUCGCAAACAUCCAACAAUUUAACGAAUGUUCAACCACGUUAUACACUUGUGGUCAGGCGAUCACAUAUAUAAGCUAUCCCUUUUGGGGAAACGGUCGUCCUUCUUACUGUGGACUCGAGAGAUUCGAACUUACUUGCAGAGAAGACAACAUCACCACUCUCCAAAUCAACACCACAACGUUCCGUGUUGGUCGAAUCGAUCAAAACAAUACUAAACUCACCCUCGCCCUUGAUGAUCUCUGGGAAGGUGAUCAAACUAAUGCUUGUUUGUUGAGACCGAAUGAAUCGAUUGACCUUACCACGUUUGGCUACACUUUUUUUAGUUACGUUCCCGUUGGAUCUCUUUUUCUAAGUGUAUACUUUUCGUGUCUGGAAGAUGUGGUUAGGUCGAUUCCGAAUAGGAACAGGUUUAAUUGUUCCGGUGAUGAAGAUGGGAGAGUUAGUUUCAUUGGGAAUCGAUCGAUUGCUGUAGGGGAUGGAUGUGAGCGUGUGAUUGGAGUGCCGGUUUUGAGGUCGGCGUUUGAGGAUUUUAACCGGAGUGAAACGAUGCCGUUGCAGGAGUUGUUGUGGAUGGGUUUUCAGAUGGAAUACAGGGUGGACGGCGGCGGAAUUUGCUCCCGGUGUCAGACCUCCGGUGGGUCGUGUUGGUCCAAUUUGAAUUCCUCCACCCCUUCUUGCAUUUGUCCCGAUGGUGUUUCCCGCUUGUUAUGCGACUCAGGUAAGGGGGUAAACUGGAAGCUGAAACUUGCUUUUGGUAUUGUUGGAAGUGUAUUUGGGAUUUUUAUGAUGGGUGUCAUUUGGUAUGUUUGGCGAAGACGCAACAACAAGAAGAAGAAACGUUAUUUUGGUUCGUCUUAUAUGUCACGAAACAUUUCUUCGUAUCCAUCAUCAACAACGGAUCCUGAGAAGAAUGACACCUACCAUGGAGUCCAAAUUUUUAAGUAUAGAGAGCUUGAAAAGGCCACAAAUUAUUUCGAUUCCAAGAAGGAACUUGGAGAUGGUGGUUUUGGCACGGUAUACCACGGGAAACUCAAAGAUGGGCGUGAAGUAGCCGUGAAACGCCUAUACGAAAACAACUACAAACGCGUGGAGCAGUUCAUGAACGAAGUAGGAAUCCUCGCUCAUCUCCGCCACCGCAACCUCGUCUCCCUCUACGGUUGCACCACCCAUCACAGCCGUGAGCUCCUCCUUGUCUACGAUUACAUCCCCAACGGCACGGUGGCUGACCACCUCCACGGCGAAAAAUCCAAACCCGGUUCACUCCCAUGGAUCACCAGAAUAAAAAUCGCCACCGAAACCGCUAGCGCCCUGGUCUACCUCCACGCCUCCGACGUCGUCCACCGAGACGUUAAAACAAACAAUAUUUUAUUAGACAACAGUUUUAGCGUAAAAGUCGCCGAUUUUGGUUUAUCCCGCCUUUUUCCGACCGACGUUACACACGUCUCCACCGCGCCACAAGGAACUCCGGGAUACGUCGACCCUGAGUAUCACGAGUGCUACCAGUUGACCAGUAAAAGCGACGUUUAUAGCUUCGGCGUCGUUUUGAUUGAACUUAUAUCGUCUAAACCGGCGGUGGAUAUCACGAGGCACAGACAUGAGAUUAACCUAUCGAAUAUGGCUUUGAAUAAGAUCCGAAAUGAUGCACUCGGUGAGCUUGUGGAUCCGAGUCUAGGGUUUGAGACGGAUUACGAGGUCAGGAAGAUGAUUAAUGCGGUGGCGGAAUUGGCUUUCCGGUGUUUGCAAAACGAGAGGGAUUGCCGGCCGUCGAUGGAGGAGGUGUUGAAGGGUUUGAAUAGUAUACAGAAUGGGGGAUACGUGAAGGAGAAGGAUGAGGAUCUUGUUUUGGAUGAUGAUGGUUUGUCGUUGAAGGAAUAUUCGCAAACGAUGUCGCCGGAUUCCGUCGCGAUUGCUUGGAGCACCUCCACGAUCUCCACUUCCGGUGGGUAAUUUGGGCCUUGGGGUUAUGUCUCUGUUGGGUUUUAGAAGUUGGAUUAUGGAAUAUUUAUAGAAUAUUACGUCUGAUAAUGGGCUUACACAUGUUUUUACUACACUUUGGUGUCUUUUUUUUAUAAAAGAUCAUGUAUAUACCUUUUUGCCAUUACUCAUUCAUUUAUUAUUUGGGAUUUACAGAC